AUGGCCCGCAAAGAACCAGGGGGGAACCUUUUGGGUAAGCAGCAGGCCCCUUUUUGGGCCGACGGACCGUUUGCUGCUUUGCUUAAAACAAGGGAAUGGCUGCGUUUCAGGGACGUUGAAGAAUGCAGGGAUGUGCAUUGCGGCGGGGUGCCUGCAUGUGCCUGGGAGAUCUCGCGCGUGCCUACGAGAUGCAUAAUAUGUCGUAUCGUGCCUGCAGGACCCUGUGCCUGGAUCGCAACGGGGAUAAGCGGAGAAGCGGAGCAGUUGCAUUCAGCCGAGGAGACCCAGACACCAGAUUCCGUGCCACGUGACGUAUCUCUCCGCCGCUUCUGGGAAUGGGUCGAGCAUAGGCUGGAGGUCGCGGUUUCGCGUCUAAGCCCUCUAUGCGCAUUCGUGGCAUCGAGGAAUUCAGGUGCUACCAGUCUGGUGUAUGCUUUGCUGGAAGGAGAUAGCGAGAUGGGAUGUGGCCAAGUUGGGGUAUCACGUGGUCACGACGACGGAUUGAAACCAGGCAGAGAGAGAUAA